GGAGAGGAGAGGAGAGGAGAGGAGAGGAGAACACAGCCAUGAUAAUAGAGCAUGAGUUCCAGUGUUCUAGCUACACGAGUCUUCAAAUUAAAGCACAAAAGAGAUUCCAAGGGGAUAACCUUGGAAGAGGGAGGCAGGGAGGGGUAGGGAUGCUUCUAAGGGUCUGGAAAGUUCUGGAGCAGCAUUUCCUAACCUGCCUUGCUGAUACUGGGCAAGCCUGCCCUUUUCUGUACAGACAGUCCUGGGUCCUGUGGCCUCUGCGGUUGGCAUCCACUAGUUGCCAAAAUGUCUCCAGACACUGUCAACUGUCCCCUUGCGGGGGUGGGGGGUGCAAAAGUUAAAUGCUGCGGGCUUUGCAUUACUGUUUCAUUGGUCCUGGGGAGAGGAAAUCUACUCUGUGGAAAUUCCUCAUGCUCCAUACAUAGCACUGAAUGUUAAAAGUUCUUCCAAAAAAAAAAAAAAGUCAAUUAAACCUUUUCUUAGAGUUUUCUAAGCAAGCAGGGGCAGUGUAUAGAGUGAACACCCGUGUUUCGUCUGCAGACACAGAGGCUAAGGUCCAGGGUGGCAAGGGUGGGUGCCUGGCAGAACCUACAGAAGAAGCCUGUUCCAGACUCCUCCUUUUGCUCCUCCCUCCCCCACACUCUCAGGUCUUCCUUCUCCCAAACGCACCCAGCAGAUCCCAAUGAUGAACUUCGGGCCAGACCUCAACUGUGGAAGCCGUGAGCAGACGCCUCGUGUACGGCAAGCAGGAAGGCAUGGCUGCCGGGGAGACACAGCUCUAUGCCAAGGUCUCCAACAAGCUCAAGGGCCGCAGCACCUCCUCACUCCUGGACCCCCUCCUGGCUUUGGGCUUCCCCACACAUACCGCGCUCAAAGCACUGGCGGCCACAGGGAUGAAGACAGCAGAGGAGGCCGCAGACUGGCUGCAUGGCCACUGCAGUGACCCUUCUCUGGAUGACCCCAUCCCUCAGGAGUAUGCUCUCUUCCUCUGCCCCACGGGGCCCUUGCUGGAAAAACUCCAAGAGUUCUGGAGAGAGAGCAGACGCCAAUGUGCAAAGAACAAAGCUCAUGAAGUCUUCCCUCAUGUGACACUCUGUGACUUUUUCACGUGUGAAGACCAGAAGGUAGAGUGUUUGUAUGAGGCUCUGAGGCGUGCAGGGGACAGGAUCCUGGGGUCCUUCCCUGCCCUGGUUCCUCUCGUUCUCCAUUCUUCGAUCAGCUACCUCGGCUUCUUCAUCAACGACAGCCCAGCUGACGUCAUCCGGGACUUUGCCAUGGCGUUCGCCACAGAGGCAUCAGCCCUGGCAGACUGUACCAUCAAGCCCUGCACCAAGCAGCUACACCUGACCUUGGCCCAUAAGUUCUACCCUCACCACCAAAGGACCCUGGAGCAGCUGGCCAGAGCCAUCCAGCCCAGCCACACCUGCCAAUGGACAGCUGCCCUGUACUCCCGAGACAUGCGUUUUGUGCACUACCAGACCCUGAAGGCGCUGUUCCAGUACAAACCCCAGAAUGCAGACGAACUAAUGCUCAGUCCUGGUGAUUACAUCUUCGUGGACCCCACUCAGCAAGAAGAGGCCAGCGAGGGCUGGGCCAUUGGGAUCUCACAUCGGACUGGCUGCCGGGGCUUCUUGCCAGAGAACUACACGGAGCGAGCCAAUGAGGCCGACACCUGGGUUAAGCACAGGACAUACACGUUCAGUCUCGCCAUGGACCUGAACUCUAGGAAGGAGUUUGAAGCCAGUAGCAGGAGAAAUGGGGACUCACACACUCCGUCAGUGUCAAGGAGCAUUAGCGACAUACAAGCUUUGCAGGCUACCAUCGCGAGGAGAGGUGUUCUGGUCAUACGCCAUGGUGAGAGGGUGGACCAGGUCUUUGGGAAGUCUUGGCUACACCAGUGCACUACCACUGAUGGAAAAUACUACAGGCCAGACCUGAACUUCCCCCGCAGCCUCCCCAGGAGGAGCAACGGCAUCAAAGACUUUGAAAACGAUCCGCCGUUAUCUUCCUGUGGAAUUUUCCAGGCCAGACUUGCUGGAGAAGCCCUGCUGGACAGUGGCGUCAGAGUCACCGCGGUCUUCGCGUCUCCAGCCCUGCGCUGCGUGCAGACAGCCAAGCACAUCCUGGAAGAGCUCAAACUGGAGAGGAGGCUGAAGAUAAAAGUUGAGCCCGGAAUCUUCGAGUGGAUGAAGUGGGAAGCCGGCAAGGCCACUCUGACCUUCUUGACCUUGGAGGAGCUGAAAGAAGCAGACUUCAAUGUUGACCUCGACUAUAGGCCAGCAUUCCCCUGCUGCUCCCUCUUGCCAGCCGAGAGCUAUGACCAGUACGUGGAGAGGUGUGCCGUGAGCAUGGGGCAGAUCAUCAACACAUGCCCACAGGACAUGGGCAUCACCCUCAUUGUGAGCCAUAGCUCAGCGCUCGACUCCUGCACGAGGCCACUCCUUGGGCUCCCACCCAGAGAAUGUGGGGAUUUUGCCCAACUGGUAAGAAAGAUUCCGUCUCUGGGGAUGUGCUUCUGCGAAGAAAACAAAGAGGACGGAAAGUGGGACCUGGUGAAUCCGCCGGUAAAGACGCUGACACACGGGGCCAACUCGGUCUUUAACUGGAGAAACUGGAUCUCAAGCAACUAAGUCAGCCAAGCUUUGCAGGAAGAGGUGACUGCCCCAUGCCAAGGCAUGAGGGGCUCUGAUUAUGAUCACAAAGGCAUCCUAGCCCCUCGGCUGGUGUGAUUGGGAGAAAGAACAAAACACACUUGAUACUCAGGGGGAAUAGCUACGGCUCAUCCAUGCCAGCUGUGGAUCUACUGUCCUGCUAGCCACUGCAGAGGCCAGAGUAGAGGUUUAGAUUAAGAAACCACAUUGUAACAUGUGGGCUGCGUAGGAGAGAACAGAGGAACUGCCUCACUUCCAGGAACUAACGACUCUCCACACUUGAAGAGGCCACCUGUCUAUUAUGUAUGUUCUUAGGAGGCCUCCUUCUUGCUAUAGCAAUCACUCUAUAUCCAGGGCCACAGCAGCUGAAUAAGGAACAGUGGUCAAUAAAAGAAAUGGCCAGCCUACCAGAUCAAUACCAGGACAGCAGCCGGUACUAGCACUUGACUAGGGGUUCUGUGCUGUUGCCUGGACACAGAGCUGGAGGCAGAGUGAUGCUCAAAAGCGGUGCAAAAUUCCUACUGCGCAUAGACUAAGUGUUUGGUGGCGUUCCUCUGCAGAUUCUAGAGGACUCUUCCCCAGUCAUUUCCAGAAUCCAGAGGCCUCUCUCCUUCCUGGCAUCAUAUUUAUUAUAUUAUAUUCCUGGCGUCUUUUAUAUUAUGAUUCUAUUCAAGUCAAUCAGUUUGGGGAAGUCCUAAGGCACGGUCACAUGGCACCUGCCUUGAGCCUCCUGCCUCAGUCUCACAAAGACGCUAUAACGAAUUGUGCUCCGUAAUCUAGAAUCUUUUCCCAUCUUAAGAUCCUUGACAAACCGAGCCGGCAAAAUCCCUUAGCCACAGGGGUCACCUGUUCAUGGUCCCAGAAGUUAGGAGGUGUCUUUGAAGGUCACCCUCCACCCUACCUCAGCCUCUGUUCUUCCAAACACAUCACGGCUCUUGAUAAGGGUCUAGACAUAAAGAUCUGAGUCUCCUACACACACACUUCCUGUGGGUCAUUGUCUGGCUUCUUCUUUUUGAUCUUCUCAACAAGCAGGGAGGGAUGGGGGCUUUGUGAGUCUUCUUGAUACUCUUUUUUUCUUUCCUCUCCCUGGGGUGACCCUUAAUGUUUCCGAGCUCGUCUGACCCCUGCUGGCGACAUCUGGAAGGACACCUUCCUCUGGACACUGCCCUAGCCCAUCUCACAACCCACAGUCUUUGACCUUUUCACUUGAGUUUUUUAUAAUUGGAUUUUGAUUGACACGUGUCCUAGGCAGAGCUGUGUUCUUUCCUCUCAAGUUCAGUUCUGCAGGGAUCGGAGGUGCAAACAAAGACAAAUGACCCUAUGGGUGGACAGGUCAAAAGCUCAAGGCACUCUCCCACAUACACACCCGCCCCCACCCCAGUUCCCCCGGGGGAAGUCUGGGAAGCAACUUGGGGGUUGGGUCACCUGAAAAACUAUUGAGAGUCACUGCUGUGGGCUGAAUCAGUUCAUCAGUCACACAGAAGUCUUGAUCCCGGCGCUUCAGUAUGAAACAGUAUUUGGAGAUAGAAUCGUUAAAAAAGAAAAAGUGUGUGUGAGACAGAGAAACAGAGACAGACAGACAGACAGAAUAUAUGUAAGCACUCUAUGUGUGCGCAGGCUACAGGAAAUAUGUGGAUGUCAGACAUUACCCAACUUUACAGAGUGUCUUAGCUACAUUUCUAUUUCUGUGACAAAACAGGAUGACCAGAGCAAUUUAGAAAGCAUUUCAUUGGGCAUCCAAUUUCCAGAGGGUUAGAGUCCAAGGGAGUGGGUGUGGCCUUGUUGGAGGAAGUGUGUCACUGUGAAGGUGGGCAAUGAGACCCUCCUCUUAAUCUUAUGGGAGCCAGUCAGUCUUCUAGCUGCUUUUGGAACAAGAGGUGGAUUUCUCAGCUCCUCCAGCACCAUAUCUGCCUGGACACUGCCAUGCUUCCUGCCUUGAUGAUAACGGACUGAACCUCUGAACCUUUAAGCCAGCCCCAGUUAAAUGGUGCCCUUUAUAAGAGUUGCCUUGGUCAUGGUGUCUCUUCACAGCAAUGAAACCCUAAGUAAGACACUUAGGUUCUGGAUAUUGAGGUCAGGUGGCCCGUCUUGAGCACCAAGCAUCUUUACCUUCUGAGCUAUCUUGCUGGCCUGGAGUCAGGAUCUUGGAAAAGGUACCUGAAUUAAAUGAGAUCAUCAGGAUAGGUCCAAUCCAAUCUGACUGUCCUUAUAAGAAAAGGAAGUCAAGACACAUUGUGGUGGUUUGAAUAAAAAUAGCCCUCUUAGACUCAUAUAAUUGAAUGCUUGAUCAUCUGGGAACAGCACUACUUGAGAGGGAUUAGGAGGUGUGGCCUUGUUGGAGUAGGUGUGACCUUGGGGUAUGGGCUUUAGAGUUUCAGAAGCUGAAGCCAAGCCCAGUGGCUUUCUCUCUUUCUGCUGCCUUCAUCCAGAUGUAGAACUCUCCAGCACCAUGCCUGCCUGGCCACCAUGCUUCCCUCCAUGAGGAAAAUGGACUAAACUCUGAAACUGUAAGCAAGUCCCAAUCAAAUGCACUCUUUUUAUUUUAAACGGUUGCCAUGAUCAUGGUGUCCCUUCACGGCAAUAGAACAGUGACUAAGACACACAUACAGAGAGGCAAGCCUGUGGCAAGUCAAGGAGAGAGGUCCCAGGAGGAAGCAGGCUGUGUGACACCUCCAUGGCAGAUUGCCUCUUUAUUAAGCAUGUAGUCCAUGUACAUUGUAUGGCAGUCACGAAGAACUCUACAGUGCAUGCAAGAGCACCAAGACUCUCCCACCCAGGAGCCGGACACUGGGCAGGCUAUGCAGCACCAUAUGAAGUACUGACCACUGGACCUGUCUACACAGCGUGCAUGUUGAAUUAGGCAUCAUAAAUAAUGUGGAAAUGAUCCGCACUGCAUGGAGGAUACAUGCCAGUUGUGUGCCAUGAUGACUCCCUUCUUUGUAAAGGUUUCGUGCAUCCCAAGACCUUGGUUUCUACAAGGAUCUGGGAGCCCAUCCAUGGGGAAUACCAGGGAGUGGUUACAGAGGGUACAGAGCAGACACUGGAGCCAGGGAAACAUGUAGGGCUCCUGACUGGAGCGAAGGUUAUUCUGAGAACAGGAAGUGCUUGUAUCUGACUGCAUGAUCUUCGACCAUCACUAAGAAUAGACGUGUCAACGUCAGAAAACUCCGAUUCAAGCUCAGAGGCACAGAGCCUGGCUUCUCCUACACCUGUUAGUCCUCUGAGCUCCAUCCACUUCCUUGUGUAUGAGAUGGGCGAACAUCAGAAGCUUCUCUGUGGGUUGUUGAGUGGGGAUCAGCCAGACAGGGAUGACGCUGUCUUCUCCAGCUGCAGUAACAGUUCCGUUACUGUUCGCGUGGCAGCUGGAUUAGCCAGACGUUUCCAGAGUGCCUCUCGGCCCUGUGGACAGGUGCGUCAAGUCUGACGUGACUAACCAAAUGCCAGUGUGCAAUAUCAAUUCCCUGGUGAGAGAAGAUGCUAUAACCGCCUGGGACUUGAGAAAAUUGACUAAAAUAGUGUUUUUUCUUCUAUAUCCUGGAAUGCAAGAAAAAUCGUAUUAACAAAAACGUAAAAUAGCAAAUUCGUUGGAGUCAGAAAUUCAGGGUACUUUUUUGAAAAAAGAAAAAAAAUAAGAGACAUCCAGAAAUGGCUCCUGAAAAGACACAGACUCCAAGAAUGGCUUUCAAGGACCCUGGUUUCCUGACAGAAUACGAUGGUAUAUAGAAGUGAAAAUGCCAGGGGUUGGGGAUUUAGCUCAGUGGUAGAACACUUGCCUAGGAAGCGCAAGGCCCUGGGUUCGGUCCCCAGCUCCGAAAAAAAAAAAAAAAAAAAAGAACCAAAAGAAGUGAAAAUGCCCUGAAGAAACCCACUAUUUUGGAGACUGAAAGUUACAAAAAAAAAGAAAAAGUUAAAGUGAGAUCGGGUCCCACAUUUGUGGCGUGGGUCUGUCUUUCUACCACAAGUGACUGGAACAUGGGCGAAUUGCUGCAACAGACAACAGUAAAAGCAAGAUGGCCGCUUCUGAAGGGAAGGGGAGUCCUGUGCUUCCUGCAGCUUCCUCCUGGAGCGUGAGCAGAUGGAACCACCACUUGGGUAAAGGGGGACCCACGAGCUGUCCCCUGGGUUCACCACUAUGGUAAGGCAUAUGGUAGCUCACCCAACGAGCAAUGCAUUCAGUGAGGUAGCAGGCUGUACCUCGGCUCCAUCUACCCACAGGCCCAGGCCACCCAGUGAUGUGAUGAUAAAAAGAAUGUCUGACUUUAAAAGAGCGGUGACCAUGAUGAUGUAUACACAAUGCACAGAACCCCUAAGGCUGGGAAGAAUGGUCCAGAAAGGACAAACUGGAAAGGGUGUCACUUGCUGUUUUUUUUUGAGUGCUGAAGUGCAGAGCUUACUGGAGAAUGGCUUGCCACUCCAGGGAAAUGGGCACAGCCUCCAGGGUGGAGCUGGACCCAGUCUACAGGAAGCAGGUGGGCUGAGUCUGGCCAAGCAAAAUUCAGGUGUGGGACAUUUCUGCAAGGCGUGAAACCUGGGGGUGUGGCAUCCCUCCCCAAAUGGCCACAGCCAGGUGGUUAUCAAUCAGGCCAGGUAGAGUCCCACCACAGGGCUCAACAUUAGCAGGAAGAACCGAAUGUGGCAGCAACCAGACCCAGGGAGAGACACCCCGCCUCCUGAAACACACGUCUCCACUACUAAGGUAGCUUAGCAAUAUGUCACAGAAGAGAAAGGCUGAGGCGUCACUACUGAGACAAUGAGAAUGGCAGGUGAGGAGAUAGAUGAACGCCAAGAAACUGAUGAUUGGGACAAGCUAUUAUCUUAAGGACAAAAUCAUCCGGAAGCAAAGUGUUCUUUAAACCUGUCAAGUGCCCACGGUGCGUGAAUGCAAGGGUGUCCACACACACAUCAACCUAAGACUCAAAUGUUAAGCUGGUCUUCAAAUAACUACAGUCUAGAAAACAAUUGACAACAACCAAGCCUCCAACAGGGUUCAAAGUGAUACAAUGUAGCACCAAGUAUCAAAGCAGCAACACCAGGCAGGCACUUUAGCUCUAGGGCAAAGAAAACCAAUGCGGACUUCUGUCUGCUCCUCCCUGUACUCCACAGGCACACCUCACGCUAUUACAGGUUCAUUCCACCAUAAAGCAAAUGCUGUAAUAAAGUGAACCACACGGAAUCUCUGGUCUCCGGUUGAGCAUAAAAGUUAAGCCACACUGCUCUCUGCUAAGUGUGUGGCAGGCAGAUGUUUUAAAAUCCAAUGUAUAGACCUUCAUUUAAAAUAUUGCUGGGGGGCUGGAGAGAUGGCUCAGUGGUUAAGAGCACCGACUGCUCUUCCUGAGGUCCUGAGUUCAAAUCCCAGCAACCACAUGGUGACUCACAACCAUCUGUAAUGAGAUCUGAUGCCCUCUUCUGGUGUGUCUGAAGGCAGCUACAGUGUACUCAUACAAUAAAAUAAAAUCUUAAAAAAAAAUAAAUUUAUAAAAUAUUGCUGAAAAGGAAAACGGUAACCACCAUCUUAACUAUUGGGAAAAUGGUGUGGGAAGAUUUUAAUGAAUCUGACUGUUGUGAGAUUGCCACAGACUGAGAGGGAAAAAAAAAAAAAGCCAUAAAGAAAAACCCACAUCGAUGUGCUGGGAGCAAGGAUAAAGCAAAGAAAACAAGGUGUGUUCCUCGCUGCAGUUACCUUUCUGUUGCUGUGAGAAAACACUCUAACCCUUGGUGUUUUGGAUUCUGAAAUAUUUGUCCAAAUCCCGUUCUGUUCUCGUUUCUCCGCCCUUGUUCAGAUACUUCGCAUUUUUGGAGCCUCACAGUCCACACCAAUGUCCCCCCACUCUUCUGUGAUCUAGUAAUGUAAGCCCUUACCCUGCCACUCAUGCUGGAAGGUUUGAAUCGGCACCCCUACAGGCUGUGUGUUUGAACGCUUGGCCACAGCUCAUGGUCUGGUAGCUCCGCCUCCAGGAGGGGAAAUGGUAUUGGACUUCCGGGUCACAGCCCAUCCCUGAGGGAAGUCAGGGCUAGACCUGGAGGCAGAAACCUGGAAGAACGCUGCUUGCUGGCUCACUCUUACUCAGCUUUCUGAUACAGCCCAGGAGCAGCUGCCUGUGAUGGUACCAGCGACAGUAGGCUGGACCCCCGUACAUCAGUUAGUAAUCAAGACAGUCUCCUCCCAAGACACGCCCACAGGCCAACCUGAUUGUUGGGGGGUUGAUUUGUGCUUUCAAUUCGCAAGUCUGCUGCAGGUCCCUGCCAACAGUUGGUUUUUGUGAGGGUCAAUGAAGAGCCAGAGGCCAAUGGCUGAGCAGGGGGACAGAGGUGGGACUUUUAGGAUUCCUGGGCAAGAAACGCUGAGGAGAGAAGCGGCAGAACCGUCAACAAGGGGAAGCAGAGAGUUCAAACUUAAGAGCCCGCCACAUAUAAGAAUCCGGUCUGGGUUGGGGAUUUAGCUCAGUGGUAGAGCGCUUGCCUAGCAAGCACAAGGCCCUGGGUUCGGUCCCCAGCUCUGGAAAAAAAAAAAAAAAAGAA